GCAAUAUGUACAGCUAACCUAUAAAAGUAGGUAAACAACUCGAUUCGUUUAGAAAUAAUGGGACAAAUUAAAUAAUAGCGUAUCUUUAGACCUCAAAAACAAUAAAAUCAUGAUUGGCAAGCAGCAUUUGACUGGAGAUCGUUCACCAAGCCCCCGGUUUAGAAACCACCAGGAGAGGCGACCGCUUCCAAUGGAGCUGGAUGAUCUGCCGCCGUCCAGCUUCUACCAACGUCAGGCCUCCGCCGCGUCUGGGCUGCAUCGCGUCGGGGUGCCCAUCGAAGAGUUAAACCAGGCGUCCGGUGCGCUGAUCCAAGCACUGGAAAUCCGAAAGCGUUACAUGGCGCUGAGCUACCAGUCCUUCUCUCAUGACGUGUCGCAGCUCCUCGCCGAGAGCAGUCCCUCGUCGCGUCGCUCGUCCAUGGACGCGGAGGACGCAAUGAGGAGCCAUCGCGCGACGGAAGCCGAGGUGGAGCAGUACCUCAGCCUCCACGUGGUCUCGUCAGAAGUAGUCAACAAGCCGCACUCGAACCCCCACCACCGGCCAUCGGUGUCUUCCCUUAUGAAGAGUAAUUUAAACAGUCCAGCGGAGCAAGUACUGAGCAAAGCUACGGGUAUCCGGCUGUCUGACGUCGACAGCCAGCUCGACAUACCGUCUAAGGUUGCUGGCAAAGCAACGGACCCUUGGGAUUGUGCCAUGCCUCCGAGCCGGCACUACGCCUACCGCUGGGUGGAUGGCCAGGUACGCCUCUACCGAACUGAGGCCGACGCCAACAACGACCGUCCUAUGGCGUACAAUUACGCCUCCUUCCAGCAGUUCGUCGAUGAUCUCCACUCGCUCAUUGAUAUGAUGAGGGAUGGACCCCUGACGUCGUUUUGCUACCGGCGCCUGCAGUUCCUCUCAGCCAAGUUCAAGAUGCACGUGCUGCUGAACGAGCUCCAUGAACAGGCGCUGCAGAAGGCCGUGCCGCAUCGGGACUUUUACAACAUCAAGAAAGUAGACGUGCACAUCCACGCAGCAUCUAGCAUGAACCAGAAGCACCUCCUCCGCUUCAUCAAGCGCACGCUCCGAGAGAACCCUGACAAAGUUGUGACGAUGGACAAGGGACAGCCUAUGACGCUGAAAGCGGUGUUCGAGAGCAUACAGAUGAACACGUACGAUCUCAACGUGGACAUAUUGGAUGUUCAUGCGGAUCGCAACACGUUCCAUAGAUUUGACAAAUUCAAUGCCAAAUACAAUCCGGUUGGCGAGUCGCGACUGCGCGAGGUGUUCCUCAAAACCGAUAAUUACCAGAAUGGCUUUUUCUUCUCCAAAAUUAUGAAGGAGGUGAUGGCAGAUAUAGAAGAGAGUAAAUACACGUACAUAGAGCCUCGCAUCUCCAUCUACUGCAAGAACAAAAUGGAGUGGAGCAAGCUGGCAACGUGGGCCGUGAAGAACAACGUCUACUCCGAGCAUGUGAGAUGGGUGGUGCAGGUGCCGAGACUCUAUGACAUCUACCGAGAGAACAAGCUGCUGAAGAGUUUCCAGGAGUUUCUGAACAACCUAUUCAAUCCCCUGUUCGAGGUAUCCAUUGAUCCCAGCUCCAACACGGACCUACACAAGUUCCUCAAGUACGUGAUAGCCUUCGACAGCGUAGACGACGAGUCGAAGCCGGAGAACCCUCUCCUAGUUGGCGACGUGCGGCGCCCCGCCGAGUGGACCAACGAGGAGAACCCUCCCUACGUCUACUACCUCUACUACAUGUACGCCAACAUGGUCGUGCUCAACCAGCUGCGAAGAUCCCAGGGCUUGAACACGUUCGUGCUGCGGCCACACUGCGGCGAGUCCGGGCCCUCCACCCACCUCGCCGCCGGGUUCCUGCUCGCGGAGAACAUCUCCCACGGGCUCAUGCUGAGAAAGGUGCCCGUACUCCAAUACUUAUACUACCUGGCCCAAAUCUUCAUCGCCAUGUCUCCGCUGAGCAACAACUCACUGUUCCUCAACUACCACCUGAACCCGCUGCCGGAGUUCUUCGCCCGCGGUCUCCGCGUCACGCUGUCGACCGACGAUCCUCUGCAGUUCCACUACACCAAGGUGAACCGAUCUUCAUCGCCAUGUCUCUCAGUAACUACUGGCUGUUCCUCUACUACCACCUGAACCCGCUGCCGGAGUUCUUCGCCCGCGGUCUCCGCGUCACGCUGUCGACCGAUGAUCCUCUGCAGUUCCACUACA